AACGAGAUUCCAGUAUUUUUUUGCCAUCUCACCCAUGUUGGUUGUUGGUGUCCAUGUAUCUGUACGUCUUCUGGAGAUGUGCAUGGGCAGAGGGCAGCUCGGCUCUGUGCCCAUCAUCAUCUGUUGAUUUCCAAGCCUGGCAAAUCAACUUCAUAUAAUGUGAAUGCAUUAUAUGGAAAAGGAGGAGCAAAUGAAGGGUUUGUCACGCCACCACUAGUGCAAAAAGAAAUGCUGUAUAUUGUUGGAAUAUUUGGAAAUGUGUGUGUCAGCCUGGCAGGAAUGUUACAGGGGCCACUGAGUAAAGGUGGAGGUGUAUUGGGAUUGUUCCUGAAGUACCACUGAAGGACAUGGGGGAUGACUGGGAAAGCAGAGCUGACAGCAGUGUGUCCUGAGCAAUGAUUAGUUCAUCCAUUAUUUUGGACUGUCCAGGGAUAGCCAUAGAGCCAGUUCCUUUUUUUUUUUCUGCCAAUUUCACCUGGAUUGGUAGGGCGAUGACAACUGAUUUUACACCCAUCCAAGGAUGCAUCUUUCUUCACAACUUUUAGUCAUUGCUGCCUAAAGUUCCAGGGAUUACUGCCUAUCCCAGGGAUUUCCACAGGGAGUGUGUUAGUGCUCGCUGCGAACCCAUCACAGCCCAGUUUAAAUCCAUGGCUGUAUUUCCCUCGGGAGCAUUUCCUGGCACAGGGAAUUGGUUCUUUGUACAUCUUAUAAAUGUCCUUGUGUGGCUGAGUAUGAACCAGGCAGUCCUGCCUCUCUUGAACAGCUCCCAGUGGCAGCUCAGGAGUUGAUACAGCCAAGGCACUACCUUUGAUAGGUAAGGGACAGAUUUGGAGGGCAAGAGAGAGGACUGGGAUAAGCACUGGCCUUUCCAUGCCAGCAAACCUUGGUUUCACAGGCUUCUCCCAGAUGUGGUUGGUAGAGGCAUGGUCAACAAAAAUCAGUUUUGCCAACAGCUCUAGGUCCUUCUUUCCUCAACUUUGGUGUUCCCACACUGUCUUGGGAUAAUAACAGGAGUUCCAGUGUGUGCUUGAAAGGGCAUAAUUGCCAUUAUCAACAUCCAUUAAGAGGCAACAUUAUGACUCACGAAGCUGCUGGGCAGAAAAUGCUGGAGUCUGGAAAAGUAUUCAGGGAUAAAUGAUCCUCUACUCAUAUUUUUUCAUCAUUUUCCACAGUCCUCUGCUGUUGGCCCUGUUUGAGACAGGACCCUGGUCUAGCUGGACCUUUGGGCCAGCCCUCUGUAGACACAAAUGUUGUGCUAUUACAUUAAGAGGAUUCAUCCACAAUCAAUUAUUGAGAUUAGCAUCCUGAUCUAUGAACUUUCUUGGCUUCAUUUUAAACAUGUUUUCCUUUUAGUUCUUGCCCAGAGUCCCAUCAAAAAGCAUUACAGGGAGGAUGGUGUAAGAGUAGAAACACUAGAAUUUUUUCAGCCAAAUAAACCUUCAAGUACUUGAAUUCUUUGUCUUUUUCAUGCCCCAAAGAGAGGAAAGUAAGUUGUGUGCAGGAUGUAGAGGAACACAAAUAAAUCUCUGUUAGGGUGGUGUUUCUUGAUUAAGUUCCUUUCAGGCAGCAAAAGCAAACAAGGAUUGUAUAAAAUUUUAGGAGUGUUUUCAGCUCUGGGAGUUGCAAAUGUCUAUGUUCAGCCCCAAAUUUCUCAUCUGCUGUUAUUCCUGUAAUCAUAAACAACAACAACAACAAAAUUGUGAGCUUGGUUACAGAAAUAUAAUUGGAGUUUGCCUGGAAGCUUCAGAAAUGUCAUGAACUAAAUUUGUUCUGUGAUGCGCAAUUGCUUGAACUCUGUAAUAGGGAAGAAAAUAGAUCCUUGAGUCAUCUCCAGGGAGAAACAGAGGGAGAGCUGCUUCAGGCCAGUGGAGAAAAUAGGCUCAUCCAUGGAGCAAGAGGAUUGUUGUGAGCAGAAUGGCACCAGGGAUGAAUUUGGCAUAAUGCACUUGACCGAGGAGGGAACUCGUUGCUUUCUUGAGAAUAAGUAACCGGCCUUGAUCUGCCUGGGGAAAAAUCAGGUUCAUCUGGCAAAGACCUGGAGGACAGGUGGAUCUCAUGAAGGCUCUUUCCAUCCUCACAAUCCUUCCUAGUUGUGAAAAUGGGAUUGCUUGUAACUUCACCAAGAGGACAACAUUACUGCUCUCACAACAGGAAAUAGAUACCGUGUCUGCUUCCUGGCUCACUGCACCCUGGGUCUGAGUUUUACCUGAUUUAUGUCUGUUCCUGUGAAGUGACCACUGUCUGGGUCUCAUGAGGCACCCAAGGGGCAACUAUUUUAGUUUUUAUCCUCCUGCCUUUCUGUACUGUUUAUUCUGCUGAACAAAGCCGUGGUUUGGGAUACCGUUAGUCCAGUGGUUUAUGAGCCCCUGACCUGCAGCUGGUGAUGGUCCACAGUCCAAGACCAUGGGUAUCAAAACCAAACUUCUUUGGUUUAAAUUCACAUUAUGGGAGUUUGCAGGUCCCUUGGAUGGACCAAAUCCAAAAAGGAUGGAAACCACUGGACUAAGGGAUCCUGUGUGAGCUGAGAUCUGCCUUCAGCCACACCUGGUCGCUGCACUGAAGUCAAUGGAGGGUUGCUUAAAAAAAAUCCUCUUUCUGUGGAUAUUGGAAGAAUUUGAGACACUUUAAAAAAAGUGUAGCUGAAAGAAGAUCCUUCUCUUUGACUUCCAGUUGACUGUGUCUGCUUUGCACCUUGCUGCUUAACCUGCACACGGCACACCUGGGCUGAUGUGCUCUGGCAUGUUCUGGUGUGAUUUAUCCAUCCAGGCUCACUAACUUGAUUAUUUGUCAAGAAAAGCAAAGCCCAGUGCCUUGGAAAGGUGUUUCCUUGGAAAGGUGUUGCAUUUCCAUAUGGAUGGGCAGGUCAGGACCUAGAACGAGACAAUACAAGGGGAGGAGUCAGGUAGAGGAGUGAAGACAAAGCCAUAAAUAAACAUUUCCAAAGCAGCUACAGCAGCAACAAUAAUUCCUUCACAGAUUUGCCUUAGACUUCAUGCAGAGCCUUGGGCAGGUUCUUCAGUUGUCUCGUGGCAGCCGCCUUGUUAAAAACAAGCAAUCCAAAAAUCAAAUUCUUACAAGGAAGAUUUAAAACACAGAGGAGCGUCAGCUCUCUCAGUGUUAUUGAAGAAACAGGGCACAGGAGUUUGCCCCCUGACCAUCUGGAUGUUCCCUGAUUAGGGUGAUGAUUAGGGUAUUUACCUCGUUAUUUUUAUUCUCGUAUCACCAUCGUUCAGUCUCAUUUUUGGCCAGGCCCACAGGGUUUCCAGUGCAAAUUCAGGAGAGCCCCAUCUGCCAUGGCAGUCACUGCAGGAGUGGAGCCUUUUGGUUGUUUGGGUUUGGGUUUUUUUUUUGUUUGUUUGUACAGGUUUUGGUGGGGUAUUUUUGAGAGAGAUCCCAUUUAUGUAAUUUUAAAAACUCUUACAUUCAGGAGUUGAGCCACCAGCCCUGGAGGGAUUUCAGAGACCCGUGGAUGUGGCACUUGGGACAGGGUUUGAGGUGGCAGUGCUGGCUUAGCAGUUGGGUUCAGUGAUCUCAGGGGUCUUUUCCAACCUCAGUGAUUGCAAGAAUUGCUCAUUUUAGGAUUAGUCAGGUUUUGAAGUUUAACCUCCAAGUGUAGCAGAAGGAGGUGAAAACAGAGCACUGGUUCAUGUCAGCAGCAUGAACUGAGCAGCAAAAAUAGGUUUAACCCUCUGUGAGUGGAGAAAAGAAACUUAAAAAUUGUAAUAAAGGCCACAAAUAACCUUCCAUCCAUCCAGAGCAAGGAGAACUCACUUAUCCUCAGUGUUCCAUCACUUGUAAACCAAUGUUUUAAUCUAUUAACCAAAGAGAUGUCUGGUCCUAUAAAAGCACGGGCUGUCCCUAAUGCUUGCAGCUUUUAACCUGCUGAUCAGGGGCUCCUGCUUUGCAAAGCUGUUUGCCUAAAAUGCUCUUGAAAAGUUGAAAUGAUAAAUCCGGUGCUAAAAAUGGAUGCAGAAUAUUUUCCUCUCGGGGGAAAACAACAGGAGAAAAAAACAACAAAAAACCCAAAACCAAACCAAAACAAAAAAAAAAAAAAGAAAAAAGAAAAGAAAACCAAAAAGAAAGAAAAGAAAGCCAAAUUCUCUCAUCCUACUUUCAUGUGGUUCUAUCCUUCAAUAUAGGAUUGCUCCAAUCCUCCCUCACACCUCGGACAGCACAUAUACAAUUUAUUAAAUGCCAUUUUCAGCUUUCUCAUCCCAGGCCUGCUGAAUUUUUGAAUAUUGAAUCUCUUUGGCAUCCACUACAAACAGAAAUAUCACAGUUGGUGUCAUUUGGGAGGACUUCAAGAGCAGACAUUCAUAGAGCAACCAAUAAAGAGAAUUUCUUACAGAUAUUGUGAGAUUUCACUAAAUUUAUUCAACUAUUUAGUUUAUAUUACUUGAUUCUCAUCUAAAUACAUUAAAUCAAUUGUCUAAAUAUGCAUAAAUAAUUGUAGAAAACACCUAUUAUCAGGUGUAUAAUCCAAUUAAUUAAAACAUUUCCAUCAGAACUUCAGUAUUUUUACUCAUAUACUCAGUGCAUUUGGAUUAAUCUCAUAAUAUUAUUUAAUGAGAUUUCUCAAACUUUUUUGAAAAUUGCAGAAUAGUGAUUUAAAAAUUCAGUGAAAAUCUCUAACCUGAGUGUGGUAAAUUGUUAGAGCACUCAGUUCAUCUGCCAUCACUGUAUUAUUAUAAUUCCACCAUUUAAAAUAAGGUUUGAGUUAUUUAAAAAAAAUAUUAUUUAAGGAUAGGUAAAUGGGUCCAUUGUAAUUGUGAACAGGGAUAAAUAUUUGAAAAUAGUUCUGCUCUUUACUUGCCCAGUUAGUGUAAAUUCAAAUCUCCAAACAGAUUUUGUUUAAACUCGCCCAGUUCUGCAGUAACUCCUUUGAAUCUCUGGGAAAUGAUUCCAGAUUUUUACAGGCAUACACAAGACAAGGCUCUGCAAAAAACCCAUGAGCUCUAGGUCAAAAAUUACCAUCAAUAUUUGCACAAAAUUCUUUUUCAUUAUGGUCAAAUUUGUAGUUUUACCUGAGGCAGGGAAGAGCCCUUGGAAGUGAAGUGGAAGGAAAAUUAGGUUAAAGUAUUCCAUUUAAUAUUGUAAAUGUAUUUUUAAUUUUCAGUCAAUGCAGGUUUGGGGGCACCAUUGAAACCAUCAGCACUAAUCACCAGUUAUUAAACAAAUAAUACAGACACCAAAUUCCCUGGGCAAGAGCUGUUUGUGAUUUUAUACAUAUUUUUAAGUAGCAGUUCACUUAAAUUGCACUGACUGAAAAUUACCAGAGCUUAUUUAUUAUAGGCUGGCUGGAAAACUGAAAACCAAUUGCUGGAGAUUAAAUUAUGGGUUUUUUUUAGCUAUUUUGCUAGUUUAUUAAAUAAAAAGUGGGGCUUGCUGAUGGGGUUUUUUUCCUAGAUCUCCAGUAGGUUCAGCAGUUCAGAGUGUGCUCAAAGCAGUGUUAUUCAAAGAGUAUCUUAAUUUUAUUCCAGUGGAGAGGAUGGGAAACCUACUGAAAAGCUCAGUUAGUUCUUCAAACAGGACCCUUCUACUUUUUAGAAAUGUCAGUUUUAAGGAGUAUUUGCAACACCAUGAAAUCUUACCUUUUGAUCUUGAUACGCAUCAACAGCUGCCAGUUGGUUAUGGGAGAAGGGUCAGGAAAAAUUGCAAAUUAGAGCAGAAAAAAAAGAGAUGGAGCAGACACAGGGCUCUCCUGGGUUUCCUAGGAUAUGGGGUUUGCGGUUUUUUUAUGCUGAUUUUCUCUACUGAUGAUAAUGAUAUUAGUUUUUAUAUUUAUCAGUUGGAUUUUUGCAUCCAGUCCACAAAAGCUUGGCCACAAUCCAGUGUUUGGGGAACUCCUUUUUCUAGGAAGUGAAAUCACAGCUUAAAGAAUUUCAGCUCUCCAGGAUUUUCCAGAUUGAGGCAUUUUCAGGUUUCUGACACCAUCACUACCUUAUCAUAGGAGAAAGAAAAAUUAAAUAAGGACCUUGUUUUCUAGCUUUGGCCUACCAAACAAAAAUGGUAGAAUAAACAGUUUUUGCCAAAUCGUUCUCCACAAAAUAUUUAAUUUCAAAGCCAAAUGUUCAGAAAGCAUUCUGGAUUCUCAUUCCUGGUCAGCAACACUAAAGACGAUGCUGGAAAUAACCACAGAAAGCAUGGAUGGGAUGGUACAGUUGGUUAUUUUUCACUCCAGUUUAUGUUGAUGAACUGAGCAAAGAUAAUUUAAUCAUUUCAGCUUUUGCCUUUCUUUAACCCCAUGCUGUUCAUACUGUUCUCUUUGUAGUCACCGAACAGGAGACUAAAGUGCCCAAGAAAACCAUCAUCAUAGAGGAGACCAUUACCACGGUGGUGAAGAGCCCAAGACAAAGGGGAAGGGUUUCUCCUGCACGUUCUCCUUCAGGUCAUUCUCCUUCCCGCUCCCCGCGGGCGGAGCCGGCUCCAGAGCCGGUUUAUGUGUCCAAGAUCAGGCAGCCUGUCCACAGACAUGACCAGGAGGUAGCACCCAAGUCUGCUGCUGUUCCCAGGCUGUAUGUCACAGAACACAAGGACAUGCGAGGGGCAGUGGCGAGAGACAUCGUUGCGGAGAGCACAGUGGAAGAGAAAAAGCCCAAGUGGGUCGAAGUGGAAGAAAUCAUUGAAUUCAAGGUGAAAAAGUCACCAAAGCCCACAAGGAAAAGAGGCUCUUCCCCAGCAAAACAAGAAAAAGAUGACUCAGGGGUGUUAACGUUCACUUUUCCCAGCUCAAGGCCGAAGCGCUCCCCAGAAGAUGAUCCAAACACAAACAACUCCAACAAUAAAUUGGUGGAACAGUCAAAAUCUCUGCCAAAUGAGGGUCUCUCUGAAGGUGACAUCCAGCCUCUGGUGUAUACGACCGAGCAGGAAGGACCUCAAGUCAGCAGUGAAGAGAGAAACUCCCCAUGUGGGUCCGAACAGUUAGGAAGUGAUUCAUUUAUGGAUUAUGGGACUGAAGGAAAGAGCUGCCCUCAGGAACCGUGUGCUGAUUGCAGGUCAGGUGCCGCCUCCCCUCUGCUUGCCUGCGGCGGCGAGCCUUUGGUCUUCAGUUUUGGGACAGCUGCUGGAGACCAACACGAAGUUCUGUUCUCCCCGGUGAGUCCAGAGGAUAAGGAAGGGCUCGAUGAAGUGGAUGUGUCUUGGCCUGUUGGAGAGGAGGGACCUGAAGUAAUACAGGACAUCCUUCCUGAAGAGGACACCGUCAUAGUGGACGAGCCAGAGGAGCCACACACCGACGACAUCAGCACCCGGGAUCGCAAGAUUUUAACCCACAACGGCAAACUCUUAACUCUGGAGGACCUGGAGGAUUACGUCCCUCAAGAAGGCGAGACCUACAGGUGUGAGGAUCAGAAGCCCACGGCGGAGAAGCCCUGCGAGAUCUCCGUGCUGCAGACGGAGAUCAACGAGCUGACCAUCGGCAAGCCGGUGCUGCUGAACCUGCUCAGGCCCGUGGUGCACGAGCCCAGGCAGAGGUUCUUCAGCCAGUACGAGGAGCAUGUCCCCGGGGCCGUGUUCCUGUCAGCCUCUCGGGUGGCUGGCGUGCAGUCCACGGGCUCCUCCAACAUCUCCUUCCGCGUGAGCGACGCCCGCGCGGCUCCUCCCGGCCCCUCCUUCUCCGUGAAGCCCUCGUUCUGCACCGAGGUACAGCGCUCAGCGGACAACGGGCAGUCCAGCUUUAAAACUGAGGUUUCCACCAGAACCCUCAGCUACGGGACUGUUGGCGAGCCUGUCACCUUGCACAUCAGCACAGAAGACCUCUCCCAGAGCUGAGCAGACGCAAGCGUGAUUUUUAACAGCAAAGAAAGCAGCUUUAUGUAAAAAAAAAAAAAAAAAUAUCAGAAUUGUUGUAGGCGAGGGGAAUUGGUGGCAAAGAUUACAAGGGAAUACCUUAGAGGGAAGUGUAUUUAAAUAUGAUGUGUCAAGCUUUUCCAGUCUUAAAGGGAACAGUCUGUCAGAACAGUUUGUAACUUUAAAAGCUUUGAUCUAGGUGAACAUGUAUCAUUCCAUAGUGGAGCAGUGAUGGGAGGUUUAGGAAAAGCCUGAUUCUUCUACCUAUGACAGAAAUAUAGAUGAAGAAGUGUGGUUUUUUUUGUCCAGGAACUUAAUAAUUUUUUCAUGUGCCAGUUUUUGGUGUGACAAGGAGGUGAAAGUAUCCAAGCUUUUCAGCAUUCUUCAUUCAGUAGCCCAGGACAGGGAGUGUCUCCUGUCACCGUGUGGGCCCCAAGGUCAUGAAGCUUCACUGGGCUUUGACUCUGCUCAACUCUUGUGACACCAAUUAGCUCUACCAAAAUUUCUUCAUAAACCUUUCAAAAUGCACAGUCUAAUUGCAUUUUUUUAACCUUCUGCCAAAUAAUGAGAUAUAUUGUAGAUAUUACAUAUACCAGGGAUUCAAAGGGCUGCUCAGGCAUUUUCUUGGUUGAAAUCCCAGUUUGACUCUAGCCAGUGGAGAGAGUCCCACUGUCAUGAGGAAGCAAGAAUUCUGUUGUUCUCUUCUGCUUUAGGUGAAAAAUACUAUCUUUUCUAAAUGACUGAUAUUUUCAAAUCCACUUCCUAGUUGAUGGAUAAUGUAGGUUUCAUUAUUCUGCAUUCUAGUGUGGUGGAUUUAUAAACCAUACCUUUUGAAAGAUAAGUCAGUUAACAUGCACUGAAAGAUUAAUGAGCUGCACAAAAUAAUUUCUGCAUCUGCAGUCAAACAUUAACAAGUACAAAGAGCCACAAGUGUGGUCUUCAAAGGACCACAAAUGUAGUCUUUUGUCAAUAAAUAUGACUGGAUGAGUAUUUGUUCUCCUGAAUGCGCCAGUGGUGAAACAUUCCUGCUAACAGAUUAAUCCAUGAUGUCCCUUAUAUGUGAUAAGAGGAAUUCACCACUGAGCUGUGGCAAAGUAGCAGGAGCCAAAGAGAAAAAAGAGCUGUACCAUAAAUAUUCAGUUGAAACAUAGAUCUGUUCCAAACCUAUUGGGCUGCCAGUUGCAAUUGCAUCAGAUUACUGUAACCAGGAAGGUCGAGAUGCCUUGGAGAGGGACUGACUGUGGGGUUCCUCUGGAGCUUUCCAGCACGAAUGCUGCAUGAGGGGGAGGCUGAGGUGCGCUGAGCACAGCCCAUCCCUGUUGGCUUCACCAAAAAUGGGCGUAGCCCAGACCUCCAACAAGCUGCUCUGAAAAGAGAUGAGCUCCCAGGCCCAAAUAGUGGUGCCAGUUGGAGUCAGAUGGAGCUCAUUGUCUCAGCAGGACUCUGUACUGGCCCUCUCUGGUGACAGAGAUGUGGGGUGAAAAGUCCCCUCACCCUGUCCCAGCUCUGUCGAAGUGUUCAUUUGUGGUUUCAUUUGUGGUUUAGGGAAACCACAAAUGCUCAGGCACAGCUGAAUUUCUAAGCACCAUGAGGAGAGAGGGAGGAGUGAGUUUCUGCCUUGGGAAGGAAUGGUUGUUGUUGGCUCAGGGUUUCCCAGCCAGGUGAUUUUGAAAAGCUUGUUCUGGAGGCAAGAUUCCUGCCAACAGGGAAUGAAUUCACAGAAGGUGCUUGUAGAAAAGUUAUUUUUCUUCCUUCUGCAGCUGCACCUUGUGCUGACUAAAAUGAACAUAUUGAUUUCACAGCCUUUCACUUUCAACAUCCACUCAGGAUGUCGUGUGCACUACCUUCAUGAUAUAGGAUGCUUUUCCAGUGGUGAAGGAAAUCAAGCUUCCUUUAUGGUACUAUCCCAUUUUUUAUAACAUCUCCUUGGUUUAUACUGUUUGUUUUAUAAUGAAGCAAUACGAUGGAUAUAUAUAUUAGUGCUUUUUUCAUAUAUUGCACUGUACAUUGGAAAGUAACAGGCACACAACAGGGAAAUGCUUUCAAAGCUAAAAAUAUUUCUUUUAUUUUGAGCCUGAUUCUGAUCACAGUUAUUCCAGUAUCAAUCUUGAAUAAUUCCACAGAAGGAAGUGGAUUUUAUUCAGAUUUAUGAAGAUACUGCUGAGAAAAGAUUUUGCCCUGUGAUUGUCUUCCAAAAAUGUAAUAUUCAAACAAAAGGUAAUGAGGAUGUGUAAAGGAACGUGGAGGUUUCCUCCUGGUGUGGUCAACACUCAGGUUUUUGUAAAGAAUCUCUAAGGCUGCUCUUCAGAUGGUCAUAGAAGAAAUAAUUAUACUUUGAUUCAUUAGCUCAAAGCAAUUAACAUCUGUUUACAUUUUCUUUUGAUAUUUAAGCAAAAGAGAAUAAAUUGAAGGGAAUUUUUAAAAUCCUAUGCAGGGCUCUGUUCAAAAAGUGAAAGGUUUAUGAGAAGUUCAUUACAUAUACUUUCAAAAUAUUUUCCUAGAGGUUAAAAAUUAUGCUUGUAAGUGAUUAAACUGUGUAGAUAACUAAUGAGAUGUGUGGGGAUUUAUUUCCUGUAGAUGAAAAGAUACAGCUGUAUGAAAGAUUUUAAUACAGUGAAUGUUUUACUGAAAUUCCUGGAGGUAAAUGGGUACUAAUAAAGUGGAAACUUCAGUUUGCUUAAGAUAAAAAAAAGAAAAAAAAAAACCACACACAAAAAAAAAGUCAAGUGCAAGAUAUGCUGUUAGAUGCUGGGUUUAAAUCAAUAAAUGUCUUGCAUCAGCUGCCACUGGA